UACCACCCACACCCACACCCACACCCACCCCUCCGCCCCUGCUGACAAGCCCUCCUGCCCCUCCUCGAACCCUCCCCGGCUACCACUCGACUCUCAAGUCCCGAUGGGCGCCUGUUUCUCAGGAUCGAUCCCCCACCACACCUUCAACAAGGGCCCUGCUCAUCAACGGUCCGCCCUUCGAUCCCACUCUGUCUCGGCCUCCUCUCCCUCUACAGCUGCACCGCCCCCGCCCCUCGAUGGCUCCGACCUCACCAACCGGCUCCCGCCAGAGCUCUGGAACUUAAUCCUCUCAUUCCUCUAUCCCUCCCAGCUCACAAGGGUCGCGCGUGUCAACCGCAGACUGUACCACCUCAUCAACAACCUCGGCCUCUGGACAACCAUCCACACCAAAACCUUUCCUCAAGAACCGCUGCUGCUGCUCCCUAAUGUUCCGCCCUCGACAUGCUAUACCCUCUUCAUCUGCGCCAGCAGUCUUCUAAUCUGUGAACAAUGCUUCCAUCACUGUAAGGACGCCCAGAAUUAUUUCUAUACCCUGGAGAGAUGGUUGCGCGGCGGCUCGUUCUUCAUACCCUUGCCUGUCUGGCUUCCCUGGGCGAACGCAUCCAUCCGUCUGUGUUUCAACUGCCGGAAAAGUCAUUUCGAACAACAUCCAGAGCCGAUCCCAAAUUCCUUCAAGGGCAAACGACUGUGUUUGACGAUGGUCCGGGAGCGGUUGUAUUUGAGCGACGAGGAAAUUAUUCAGGUCAAGAGAUUUGGAUGCGGUCCUGGCGGAUACAAGUUCUGUGCUGAGGAUGCGUUGAUGACCGCAAGGACGAUCUAUGGUGGGGAUAUCGGGAUCGCUACGGUUGAAAAGCCGUUUCCGGAGCUGCUGGGGCGGUCAGAGAACAGGACAUAUGGGUACCACAAGCGACGAAAGAUAAUGGAAGCUGGUGGGACAUGGCAACACAUUGCUGAGUGAAAUGGGGGGGGGAGAAUGAUAUUUUUGUUACACAUCUCUCCUCCGCAAUGAAAAAAAAGGGGGGAGGGAGUAUGGGGGGGGGACGCA